GAUUUGAGUUACUUCAACAUGGUUGCACCAGGAGGCUGCACAAACGAUCACCAGGCUGGGCUAUUAGAAUGAAGGGCAGAAAAGCUUUUUAUCUGUUCAUGAACUCCAGUUCUUUUGAGCCGUUGUCAAUCAAGUGAUCAGCAUGAGCUGCAGCUGGAGUAGAGGGGAUUGGGGUGAAGGAAGAUUGUGAAGUGCUUCUGCGUGGGUGAGAGCAGGGAGGAGCUGGUUGGAGGCGGGUCUUAUAAGAAAUUGAAACUAAGUGCAACUCUGAAUCGGCAGCUUCAGCUUUUUUUGCUGUCAAAGAUCCCUGGCUGGGCUGGCCUUGCCUUAACAGCCUUUCUUGGGAAGAUAAGACACACUUUGAGACUAUGUAUGGGGCACCAGGAUGGGAAAAAGGCAGCAGGCACAGGGUGGCUCGUGCCUCUACUUCCUCCUAUUCUAGGGGUUACCAGGACUGGGAGAAUUGUGGGCAGGCAGAGGGAGCUGGAAACACAGGGGACUUGACUUCUGAAGAAGAGGUGGGGUGCCAAAAACCAGCCGUGCAGCAGCAAGAGCAACAUACUGGUGCAUAUGUCUUGAUACCUCCAAAUGAAACCAGAAGGAGCCAAAUACAGAAAAUUGCCAACGAAGAACUAGAGAGCUUGGAGAGAUGGAAGGAACAGCACCGGCCAGGACCAAUUAAUCUGAGACCACAGAAACUGGGUGGGGUGAGCUCUGAGGCUGAAGCUAGGCAAAAACAACAAAGAAGACUCCUGCAAUCUAAAUACCAGCAAAAGCUGAAGAAGGAAGAAUAUGCAAGAAUCAAGAAAGAGACUGAAGAAGCUGAAAUCCGGACAAUGAAAAUGAUUCAAAGAGAAAAGGCUGACAAACUGGAAGAAAAAAGAAGGCAACAAGAAAAACAAAGGAGAGACCUGUUUAAUGAAGAUCACUAUUUAAAAACCACUGAACUACUGGAUAGAUUGGAAUUGGGUUUGCCAAAGAGAAACUCCUGUCAAAUGGCUAAUCCUAGUCCAGAAUCAGCAGCAUGGACUAGAAGCCAUACUUAUAAGCAAAGCCUCCGGGAGGAUGAAAACAGAAGACUACAGGAAAUGAAAGCAGAACAACGGAGGAAGGGUGAAUUAUUGGAACUGAGACAAAAGCAAGAAGAGGAUGAAAAAACAAAAAUGCAUCAGAAUGAACAGAGGAGAGUAAAUAAUGCUUUUCUGGACCGACUACAAAGCCAAAGUCAACCAAGUGGCGUUCAUCAAUCUGGACGUUUUCAAAAUAUGGAUUGUUUUGGUGGUGACAGCUGGCAGUCAAGGUAUUUUGAGUAAAAGAAGAAUACAAACACAAGGAUGUUAAAGGAAUAUGUACUUUAUCUGGCUUGGACCAACUGACCUUGGAAAAAGCUCCAAGGAUGCUGCUGCUUCAGAAUGUUAUUUUGCUGAGCCUCACUGAUUUUUUUUUUUUUAAACCCUGAUAUCAACUUCAUAUCCACUUUAGUGAGCAAUCUUCACUGACCGCUUUCUCUCUAUCGUCAUUCAUGCAUAUUUGAGGCUAUUGAUUGCCAAAACUGUAUUUAAUCUUUUAAUGACAAUGAAAUGUUUCGUGAUUUUUAUUUUUUAAACUUGUUUUGCAGGAUGUAAUUGUAGCAGGGUCUCAUGCAACAAACAUACUUGUAGCUUCCAUAACUAUGGAAUAGUCAGGAAUGACCUGAUUUGUCUUAAUAUAACUAGCCAAAAAUCUGUCAUCUUUCAGAGGCUUGUAGUGGGGGAAGGGAGAGGAACAUGCUGUCCAUUUUUAUUUAUUUAUCUGCUGUUUCAUGGAAAAAAAAUGGAAAAUACUACUGUGCACCCUAAACUUAAUGUUUUACUUUUGAAAUGUUUUUAAAUGAGUAUGAAAUGUAUGAUAAUAAAACUUUGAAAAAUAGUUUGUGGGUUUUUUAAAUGUAUAGGGCGUUUUCUGUGCUAUAAUAUACUGACUUUUCACUGUGCCUAUUCUGCUUCAAUUUUCUCUUAACUUGAGUAAAGGAAAAAAAUGGCCUGUUAGAUGGUUUCAGUAGGAUCUAACUUUCUUUUUUUCUCUUUCUCUUUCUGAUUGCACUGACCUGUUGCCGUGUCACUAUUUAGGUAAGGAGCUAUGUGCUUGUGUAUUCCACAAAGUCCGCAGCACAAUCUGUCUAAUGUAAAACUGAUAUUCCAUGGGAGGUUAGAGGCUGUCAAUCUCCUCACCCAAACCCCUCUUCUCCUUGAGCCAUGAGUGACUAGUAGGGAGGAACCUAAAGUUGGCAUCAGCUUGUGGGAGGGAAUGUGACACCCUCCUCUUCCCUACCCGUCCUCCCAUCCAUCCAUACAUACACACAUGACUUGUUUCCACUCCGGGUCUGGAACCAGCCAAACUCUUCCUGUUCCUUCCCCAGGACAUGUUGCCUGGCAAGGAGGGGGAUUCCAUCUUCUCCCUGGGUACUUUCCCAGUCAACCUCUGGCCAUGCUACCUGCCUGGGAGAGCAAGAAUUCUCCAAAGUGAUUUUGCUGCAAUCUCAGCUGCAGCUUCUUACUGAGCUUGUACUGCAGUGCCAGACUGGAUCUUGUUUCCAAAGGGCUGUUCUCUGUCCUCUCCCUGUACCCAGGUAUAUAGCUAGCAGUGGUGGUGGCAUUAUCGGAGAGCCAUGUCUGCACACUCUGACAGGAGUCUGUCUGAAGAAAUACAAGGUAUGGAAAAAUGCCGUGUGCCUGUCUCUUCGUAGAUGCACCAUUGUGCUGCAACCCCUUGUGUCAAUAGUGUGGGCCCCUUGUAUGUGACUCAGACUUUGCUGCAAU